UCGAAAUGUAGCCCUUCGUUUGAGUCGUUUUCUCUGUAGUUCGGGUUGUGCCGGCCUGGAUCGACAACGUCCUCAUCUGUUUCCUCGCAACCACACAAAGUCCAUCGUUGAAUCCCAACAUUCUCAUACUACCCUAGUGUCACCCUCUGAAUAUAAUCUGCAUUCAGGUAACUAGAUUGACAGUUAAAAUCUUUACGUCUCAUCCGUAUAUCUGCAUGUUAGAUGCAGCAUAUUUAAGUAUACAUAUAGCAAAGGACAUUCACGGAACAGCCAACCACGUUAUUGCUUGAAAUUCAGAUGAUGCCGAAACCUUUGAUAACGACCUCGGCGAUCCUCGUGCUCUUAUUUUGCGCCAGUCAAACAGUAAAUGUCGUCAUCAGCCAAGACCCGACCGCAAAUCUAUUGGCCAAUGAAAGCGAGUUAACUAAACAGGAGCCGGAAGCUCCGACUGAAGCCAAUGCACCUGAAACAACAGAUGAAAAUGAGGAAACUAACGAAUCUCCUCCAGUCGAUGUCGGUGGCAACAUUUUAACUGCAAUCUCAGUCACGUCCGCAGUCUUGACUGUAUUGGAAGCCAUCGACCGAAGAAUCCUGCCACAACCGGCCACUGCAGAGGACAUUUUAGAUGGAGUGAGAAAAUUAGAAGAUCUGAUCCGGCCCAAUGACCUGGGGCAUUACAAGAAAGCAGAAGACUCUAUAUCACGAGCCCUACACGACAUGAGUGUCAUGAUGUCUGGUAUAGGACGUCAAGGUCCAGCAGAAGUCUCGCAGUUCCAGGAACUUUUGUGGCUUGAAAGAGCGCGACUUAUUGAUGGAAACAUUAUUCUAUUAAUGGAAGGCUUACUCGGUCAACAGGUGGCGGGUGCUGAUCUGAUGGAGAACAUUCAAGACGGUCUGAAAUGCGACGUCAUGGAUGUCUCGGAAAAAGUGAAGCGAUAUAAUGAUCUUAUCGAAAGCGGAUCGUUGGCUUUUAAUCAUUUCGCUGUGUUAGGAAAAAUGUCUGAACAAGAAAUGAGUCGAAGGAGAGCCGCAUUCGGACAACGUAACGUCAGAGUUCUAGCUCGAAACGUCCAAGUCGUUGAGCAAUGUUUCCAACGCCAGUUGGGCGAAAUACGCAGCGAAUCUACAACAGAACAAGUUGCUGAACAAGUGGCACAAGUCAUGUCCACUCUCUAUCCGUUGCCGACACGAUGGAUUGUCGCGGUGUACACGAAUCAACAGGGAAUGGAGCGUGGCGCUAUCAAACCCCUGAAAUCAAAACUUUCAGCCGAUUUCAAUGUCAUUAUCAACGGUUUUCACGUGGCUUUGUUUCCUUUCCUCAGUGGAAAAAUGCCACAAAUGAUCGACGGUCGUCGCAUAGACCACUUUUGCAACCGGCCUGUCAAAGCAGCCGGGCAAAUGCCAACUUGCGAUAUUGGCAGCACUGAUGGUGAAUACAUUUAUGAUGAGCUCAGGCGGUUGGGCAUCGUUCCCGAUCCUCUUGAUCUGAUUGUCGUGCCUUCGGAAGGCCAGCUAAGCGUGAGAACUGUACCGCUCGGUAGUUUGCCACCCUUUUUUGCAAAAAACUAUCCCGACUUCGACAUUAUUGUGUUUUAAUGAAAAUUUUAUGAAAUUAAAUGGAGAACGAGGGAUGUUUGUUGGCUAAAAUGUCUUUUUGAGGUGAUAAUAUAAAUGAUUUGAUACAAAGACCUGUAAUUUUC